AUGUUGUACAACCUCGAGAAGAAAGACAAUUCCUUUCAACUUGGGCAUGCAUAUGUUCACUUUUACCCCAAUGUCGCACCUCUGCCUAUUUCUCCAAAAGCUGUACUCGCCCAACACUUGGUGUACACUUACAAGGAACAUCAGCCUACUGACCCAGGAGUUGCCCGAGUGGAGCUAGUGAGUGGCACCCAUAGUCUCAAGGCUUCAGACUUCAAGACUGCGGGACCGUUCCAAGUAGACCCUUCGUCCUUGGAGAAGGAGUGCAAUGCUAUUGUGGCAGAAAUGACGGACUCGGAUGAGCCGCCAGAAUUGAUUGAUGUGGACGAGGUCAAGAUGGACGUUGAUGACGCCGAACUUGAUACCAGCAAGGCCAACAUGGAUGUUGCCAUACCGGACACCUCUUCCAAGCUACCCAUUAGAUCACGAACCAUACGCCCACCAUCCCCUACCUCUUCUAUGGUCUCUAACUGCAGUUCUGACACCACCACAGAACUGCAGUAUCCUAGUGCUCCAACUCCCCCAGCCUUACCUGCCACUGAUCCUUCCAGUCUUCAAGUCAAGCCAGCUAACACCACUGGAAUCCCUACGCCAUUCUUUGACAGCCGGUUAACACCUAGGACUCAGAUCUUACCCAGCGCAUUACUCUCUGUUGGCGAGUUGGAACGCCUUAUUGAGCAUCCCGCUGUUGGCCGUCCGAUUUUUAUCGAACUUGAUCCAAUUCCUGAAGUGGAUUUCGGCAAACUCAUGUCCAUUUUCCAAGUCCAGAACCAUGCCAUUGUCUGUGAACAUCCUAGGGAGAGUCAUGGAAGGCUUCAGCAGGCGUAUCGUGCACUUUUCGACGAAUUUCAGUAUCAGAUGAUUGAAGAAAAAGCCGAACACUUCUACAAUGCUGGCAAAACACCCAGUGAGGCCAACUGUCAGGCAGUAGCCAAGCAUUUCGAAAAUUUGGAGGUGUGUCGACAGUUGACAAACAGGUUCCAGUUCAGACAGUUCAUGUCCCAUACCAUACCGUCGCAACCAUUGAUGGAACAAGAGGAGUUUAGCUGA